AUGAUGCUGCUGCUGUUUGAGACGCCCUCUGGCUUUGCAAUUUUCAGUUUUCGUGCAUCGGUCAUCGAAGAACCAAAUGCCCUGGAGAAAAUAUGGACGCACUUCAUUCUGAAUGGGACGGCAAAGAGUAAAAUAACCUGCGUGUGUGAUCCAACUGUGAUGGAGUUAAUGUGGGGCAUACAGAUUCGCAUGCCAAGUUUGGUGCCUAAAGAAACAUCAGGUCCGACUGAAGAUGACCACCUCCCGAUGAGUCAAGGACUGAGAAAAGUGUUGAGAGAUUAUGGUUGUGAUUAUGUCAACCCCGAGAUGCUCGAUCAGCCAAUUCUUUUAACGGCUUGUGCUUUGUUUGAGUGUGAUUCUCUUGAGGACGAGAAAUCUGAAGAAUUGAGCCAUUUAGCUAAACUAAUUAAGGUGGUGUCUGGCAUCAACACCGAGGGUUGGGACUCACUGAAAAUUGCAACAGCUCUGAAGAAGAUAUGGUGCCCUGAAGAAGCUGCCAAUUCUUGUGAGAUCAUUUCAGAAGGCGAUGUAUCAAGGUUGGUGAAUGAUGCAGAUAAAUAUAAAGUUAAGCUGGAAAAGGAUGCUUGCUUGGAACUUUCUAGAGAAAUCAUGAAAUCUCGUGGUGUUCGGGCAUCGAAAGAAAAAGUACUGCAAAAAUAUGCUGAGCAGGCCAAGAAAGCAUAUGAAGCACAGAAGCUUAUUAACCAUUAA